AUGCCAGUGUCCAAAUUCCAGCAGGCUUUGCAGGACCUCCUAGCCAAGCUGAGAAGGAGCCAUGCCUUCUUCAUUCAGUGCAUCACCCCUAGUCCCAAAAAGCUAUCAAAUAUCUUUGAUGUGGAGUAUGUCACUUGUCAGCUGCGGCAUUCUGGGAUACUGGAGGCCAUCCACAUUAGAAAGGAGGGAUACCCAGUCCAUCUUUCAUUCCAGAACUUCUUAGCCAGGUACAGUAGUGACGUGGGACUGCUGGAGAUCCCUGCAGAGCUUGCUGCCCUCCUGCAGUUAGCUGAAGGUCAGUACCAAGCACAGGCCAGCCAGAUAGCUGAGGCAUUGCCUCCAGAAGUCAAAGUCAAAGAUGACCUUACCCUCCCACCCACCAUCAACAGCUAUCCUUUCUCCUCCUUUGUUAAGUCACACUUCCAGAAGACAGAUUUCCCUGCCCCUGGUCAGCCCCUGCAGCACCCCUUAACCCAUCUGGAUGCUGAAAACGAGGAGAGCGCGCUUGAGAUCAACAAACUGGUAAGAGACAUCUUUCUUGACCAGGGCCUCAUUGAAGAACAGAUUUUGCGGUUCAUUGGUGACAAGAAUCUCCAUGGCUGGCAGCAGAUACUUCUGGGCAACUACAUUGCUGGAAGAGGUUUGAAUAACGUGGCCCUGCGCAAUGAAAUCUUCAGUCAGGUGGUUGCACAGACAUGGAAGAACACAGACGUGGAGCACAGCCAGCGAGCUUGGGUCCUGAUGGCGACUUUGCUGAGCUGCUUUGCCCCUUCACCAGCACUGGAGAAGCCGUUGCUGAAAUUUGUGUCAGAUCAUGGCAUGGAGGGCUACAAUGCUGUUUGCCAGCGCAAGAUCUUGACAGCAGCACAGCACACAGAGGUGGACUCUACAUUCUCUCGGGCCUACCCUCCCACUCAGCUGGAGUGGACUGCAAACCAGAGGAGAGGGAAGAUGGUUCUGGAUGUUCAUACCUUUAAUGAGGAGAAGAUCUCAGCUGAGGUGGAGUCCUGGAUGACUGGGGAGCAGUAUGCAGGCUGUCUCCUGAGUGCAAGGGGCUGCGAUAAGAAGUCUCGAGGGUGGUCUAUCUCUAUGUUUACUGGCAACACAUGGCAGGACCUCCUGGGCUGUGACUUUGUGCUGGACCUCAUUGGAGAGAUGGAGGAGGCCAGCAACCUCAGCAGCCCCUCUCAGUCCUCAGCUGAGUACCCCAUCACUUCCGAAAGGGAGAGAAGCUUCCUCCAGAACUCUGACCUGGAUUCGAUCCCUCCUGCUCCAGGCAUCCGGGCCCCUACCUUCCCACCACCUAGCUUGAGUCCAGAAUUCAACAAUCUCCAUCCAGAUCCAAGGUUCGGAGAUGACCUGAGGAGCCCUGUAGGCUUGGAUCACUAUGUGGAUGAUCUCUUCAGCACUGUGCUGCAUCAAGGCUCCAGAGUACCAGAUAUGGAGAGCAGGGAGAGUCUGACUGGACGCAUGAAAGGAGGUGGGAAGAUUGGACCCACACAGAGAGGCUUCUCUGGAAUGACUCAAGCACCAGUUUACCAGUCUGUGCCUUCAAUGAUGGGGAUGCCAGCGGCCAUGCCUAUGAUGCCAGCGGCUGGCGGGAUUGCACCUAUGCCAGCCAUGGUUAUGCCCCAGCCUGUGGUUCCAGCUGUAGAUCCCAAUCAGUUAGCAGCACAACAGCAAACCUUUAUCAACCAGCAAGCCAUGCUCAUGGCCCAGCAGGUGACCCUUCAAGCCAUGAGCAUUUCCCAGCAGCAGCAGCAACAGCAGCGGUGGCAACAGUCUCUUGAGAACUCAAAGCCAAGAGUCUCAAGUCCACCACAAGCCCAAGCCUCAGCUCCAGCCCCGGCCCCAGCCACUUCCCCAAAACCCAAGAAGCCUCCCAGCAGCCAGAAUGCUACACCACCCCCAAAGGCUCCAGAACCACCAGCUAAGGCAGAAGAACCGGUUUAUGACUACACGGAAGACGAGUUCUCCGACAGUGAAGAUGAUGACUAUCCUCGAGAAACUUUCCAGCAGAAGAGAGAAUAUUUUCAGAAGAUGGCUCCUGCUCCCCCUUUGCCACCUCCUGAGCCGAAGCCAAAAAAGCAGACACGAAAAGCGAAGAAGGAGCCACCUGUAGUGAAGCCUUCAGGCCCCGAGUCGCGGCCUGAACCCAGCCGGGAGAUCCGCAACAUCAUUAAAAUGUACCAGAGCAGGCCAGCCCCCGAGCCCCAGCCUAUCGAGCCUGUCAGGAGAGUGUCUAAGCCAUUUAUGAAGAAGAACGACCCCAAAAAUGAGGCUCUGGCCAAGCUGGGAAUGAUGAACCUCUCCUCUCCCAAAUCACCAUCCCCCCUGCCACAAGAGAAGAGAACGCCUCCACCUCCCAAGCCUAAGCCAGGCUCAGCUUCCAGCUCUAUCAAGGAGAAGCAGUUGCCUCUCCUGUCCAUCUUCAGCCAGGAGAACUCUACUGUAACAGUAGCAGAAGAUGAUGGCAUCAAGACCCAGCUGUACAAGCUCGCUGCCAGUGUCAGCUUUUCCUAUAUCAACCCUGCCUGGAAAAUCUUUCUGCGCAAAGAGGUGUUUUACCCCAAAGAAAACUUCAGUCACCCUUAUUGUCUGAAUUUGCUGUGUGAACAGAUCAUGCGUGACACCUUCUCUGACUCCUGCCUUCGGAUCUCCAGGGAGGAGAAGCGCAAGAUGAAAGACCUGCUGAUGGAGUUCCGGGUUGGCAACGAUGUCCAGUCCAUUCGGGAGGAUGGGAUAAAGAAGAGGAUUGUACUGGCUGCUCGAGAUAACUGGGCUAACUAUUUCUCCCGCCUUUUCCCAGUUCAUGGUGAAAAUGGAAGCGAUGUCCAGAUUCUGGGUGUUUCUCACCGGGGCAUGCAGCUGCUGAAGGUGGUGAAAGCAGCUGGGUAUAAUCCUGAGCACCUAAAGAUUCUUCGCAGCUACAGCUUUGCAGAUGUGCUGUCAGUGGAACUGAAGGGCAGCAAUGCCCUGGAGCUCUCUCUGAAGACAGAGCAGCUCUUCCUGCACUCUCCAAAGGCUCCGCACAUCAAGGCCAUGGUGGAACUCUUCAUCCAGGAGCUGAGGCAGGAUACCAACUACGUUGUUGCUUUGCGCAGCUACAUUGUGGAUGACAAGAGCCUCCUUAGCUUCAAGAAGGGUGACCUCAUCAAGCUACUGCCCAUGCAAGGCGUAGAGCCAGGCUGGCAGUUUGGCUCCACCGGUGGCCGCUGUGGUAUUUUCCCCACCAGCCUUGUGCAAUUGGCUGCAGCCCCUGAUCACCUCAGCACCAGCAUGGACAGACGUGGAGGGCUGCGGAAGAGCAUGAAAGCUUCCCCGGAGAGCAGGAACACCAGCAGGGAGAGUUCUGUUCCCAGCCUGAUAUCAGAACCCGACAGCGUCAUGUUAGUCCCUGCUGGCGAUCAUUAUACCAUGAUGGACUUCGCCAUAGCCUACUUCCGAGAGGCUCAGUCCAUGCAGGGACUGAACGGGAUUUCUGCUGAAAAGAAGAGUGCAGCUGCCCUGGUCCAGCACACCAAGGUCCCAAUCCAGGAAUCUUUGCUCCGGUACGCUGAUAGUGAACUGAAUGAGCUUGCUACAAAGAACUUCAGGACUCUGAUGCAGUUCAUGGGAGAUCAAUCAAAACUCAAGAACCAGAAUGAGGCUGAAUGCAUCUAUGAAAUCCUUCAGCUGUGCAAGGAGAAGGAGAGUUUGCAUGAUGAGGUCUACUGCCAGGUCAUCAAACAGGUCACCCACAACCCUAACCAGGAGAGCGUGCUGCGUGGUUGGUUGCUCCUAAACCUGCUAACUGGGUACUUCCUCCCUUCUAACAUCCUGAUGCCCUAUGCCACCAAGUUUCUGCAGCUAGCCAGCAGUGACCCAUCCAGCACCCACCAUGAUAUAGCCAAGAUCUGUCAGAGCAACCUGCGGAAAAAUUUCAUGUACGGGGGCCGUCGCCGCCUUCCUUUCCCUGUGGAGAUAGAGGCAUUGCUGGUGGCCAAGGAGCUCUUGCAGGAGAUCUGUGAGCAGAUGGGGGCAGAUAAAACGGUGAGGCCGAUAAGAUCAGAGGAGUAUCUUCAUGAUUACCUGCUGGAGGACAAGUUGGUCACUGUGACUUUACGCAGGCUCAUCUGGAGGACGCCUCUGCACUUUGAGAACAGAAUUUAUACUGAUGUUCAUUAUGGACAGAUGCUGUGGGAUUACCUGAAUGGGAAGAUACUGUUGAGCCGUAGUAAAGAAAUGGAGAUGCAGGUGGGCAUUUUGGCAAUGCUCCAGCACUGGGCCAAAACAGAGCAGCAGAACUCUGAUCCCUCCAGGGAAGAGCUGAAGGAGUACACGCCAAAGACCCUGCAGUCCUCCAUCAGUCCCCAGGCUCUGCAGAGCUAUGUUGGCAUGCUGCUGAGAAGCAGGCAGCCCUUCCAGCCGGUGGAUGCAAAAAUCCAGUUCAUAGAUAAAACGGUGAGGCCGAUAAGAUCAGAGGAGUAUCUUCAUGAUUACCUGCUGGAGGACAAGUUGGUCACUGUGACUUUACGCAGGCUCAUCUGGAGGACGCCUCUGCACUUUGAGAACAGAAUUUAUACUGAUGUUCAUUAUGGACAGAUGCUGUGGGAUUACCUGAAUGGGAAGAUACUGUUGAGCCGUAGUAAAGAAAUGGAGAUGCAGGUGGGCAUUUUGGCAAUGCUCCAGCACUGGGCCAAAACAGAGCAGCAGAACUCUGAUCCCUCCAGGGAAGAGCUGAAGGAGUACACGCCAAAGACCCUGCAGUCCUCCAUCAGUCCCCAGGCUCUGCAGAGCUAUGUUGGCAUGCUGCUGAGAAGCAGGCAGCCCUUCCAGCCGGUGGAUGCAAAAAUCCAGUUCAUAGAGCAUGUGAUGAAAUUGCCUUUCUUUGGCUACAACAUCUACUUUGUAGAGAGAGUCAGCGAUAACACAAUCCCCGUGCCCUGUUUCUGUGGCGUGAAUAAAGAAGAGAUCAUUGUGGUGGAUGGCACCACCCAGGCAAUCUCCUGUGUCAUUCCAUUGAAAGAGCUGCAGAAGAUGCGAACCCUGCGGCCUGUCUCUGAUGGUGGGCUUCCUGGCGUAGAACUAAACUAUGGCUCGGCUGCCAGCCCCAAGACUAUGUGGCUUGAACUGUCACAGGCUAAAGAAAUGUAUCACACGAUUGUUGUCAUCCUGGAUAAAACAGAGCUGCACCACUAA